AUGGUGCAGUACUACGUGUCCUCAAACACUGAGGAAGACGCAAAUGAAGUGGGAGGUGCACGAGACUGGAAUUCCGAUGCGGACGACCUGGCGUACGAAAACUCUCCGGCAGACCUUGAGGACGACGACGGGAACCCCGGCUUGCAGCAAGACCUGAACGCGAAUUUCGGAGAGGAUUACCACAAGUACCCGAGAAGGACUCGGAAGUGGAUCAGCCUGUACUCUCCAAACGACGCCAAAUUUCCUGAGCGCGCCCGAACGAUAAACUCAAAUUACGACGAGGAGAAACUGAAGCACCCUGAGAUGGUAAACGAAAUGUUGAUGGCCGCCAACAACGAUGAAAACGCCAAGUACCCCGAGGACGAGAGCGGACUCAGCCCCACGUACGACGAAGAGGACCUCAAGUGCCUCGAGGAGGCCAAGGCGCUGAGCUCAGCCUACGACGACUUCAUCGAUCAGACCGAUCAAGCGAACGCGAACCUCGAGGAUGACUCGCUCAAAUACCCCGAGCCGCCUCAGGGCCCAACGAGGAGCCUCUUCCAGGAGGCGAGCCCCGAGUUCCGAAUCGAGAGGAGUCUGCAGGGCAACAGAAUCUACUUGAAGCCGCCCAAGUUCCUGGACCAAACGAAGGAGCAGGUCGCCCACGUGGGCAGUGCUGGGUCGCGGAGGGCGUUCAGCCCCCAACGACGUCAGAGCCCCAUGUUGAGCCAGCGCCGGACGCGCUCCAUCUCCACGAGCCGCACGCCCUCGCUGCCGGCGUCCUCGCUGCGGCCGUCCUCGCGCGCCCAGCCCGAGGCGGCGCGGCCCUCGUCGGCCAGGCCCUGCGCGGCCGAGGACGCCGGCCUCGACCAGAACGCGCGCCGCAACCUCUACAUGAAGUACUCGUACGUGCCGUCGUGGGUGUUCCUGGCCAAGCGCCACGAGAACCUCUUCUCCAAGGUCAUCGACUACUUCUUCAAGCACAACGCCUGGCCCGACUUCCACAAGCUGCCCGAGGCGUUCAGGAACGUGUGCGCGCAGUACAGCGUGGAGGCGCACCACAUGAAGCGGAUGCCGGGCUUCGCCCCCGUGUGGCUGUUCGCGCUGCGGAAGCUGGACCAGCGCUACUUCAGGGCCACCGUGGACCACUUCUUCGAGCACAAGGCGUUCCCCCACUGGAGCUGGCUGCCCCGGGAGUUCGUCCGCCAGUUCGAGGAGCUGGGCGUGCACGAACGCCAUUAUUUCACGUGACGUCGCGUUUUUGUAUGUUAUUGAGGUGUCACUUUAAACUUUGUUGAAAUCAGAUGCGAGUUUUAUUUCUGUUAAACACUAAGAGUUAAAUUUGCAAACCACUAGCAAUGAGUUGAAGUAAACUGAUCUGAUAGGUAUAGUUCCAAAUCACAGGAUGUCCAGUAAUGAAUUAAAACGCACAAAAAGAUGUUACAGCGUUAAAUUUGAUAAUUGCUCUGUACAAGUUGUAACAGCCGAAAGACGUGAUCUCAGUGACCGGUGGGUGAAUACGCUGCUUUGGCGGUGGUUCUCGGUAUGUUUUCAGAAGUUUACAAAGUAUAAUGGAAGAUCCCAGCACAAUAUGCUUACAGACAAUGAUAUAUUACAGAGGUAGUUUCCAGAUAGUUUCAGAUCAAACAAAUCAUUGUACGUUAGGAACUUGAAGCAAAUUCCAGGUGAUGCGGGCGUCGUCGCCUGAAGGUCGCGAGGAGCAAACUUUCCCUGUCAUCUGUUGGAAUACAGGACUCUCGUAUCUCGCAAACACGGACGUUCCUUUUAGUUGCAUUAUAAUGCCAAAGGAUGGAAAAAAUCGAAGUUUUUAACGUG